UGAGUUCAGAGUGAGAUCCCCAUUUUUUAUUUUUUUCAAUUCUUCUAUAAUUCUUCUCUGGGGCUUUAUCACAAAUUACAUUCAAUUAAUUGCUGAUCAAUCUCAGUGUUCCGUUAUAUGAUGCCCAGCAAAAAUUUUCACAGUUUAAUCCCUUACAUAAAUCCUCAAAAAUUCUCCUUUUUAUUUUUUUGAGACAUAUUAUUUCAAAAUUCUGGGCCUAAUUUAAUGCCCAUAACUCACCAAAUUCAACCGUGCUUUUGAUUCAUCUAUGUCACCUCGAAAUCUGCCCUGAAUAAUAAAUUGCUUUUAUUGUGAAGGUUAAGAUCAACGAGCUUUUGCGAUCGUUGUUCACGUCAAAAUUUUCAUCCUCUUCCCAAUCAAUGGCUGCACAGCGGGGGGUACUGGUGGUGGAGAUGGGAGGUCGGCAAUUGACUAGGGACGAGGCAAAUACAGAGUCCCCCACCACGGGGAAAAAGUUCAAGCCGGAGAAAUUCCCACUAUUACGGUGGGAGUUUGCGGCUGCUUUGGGUGUGUUCUUGGUGUUUUCGACCGGGUUGUUCUGCAUCUACCUCGCCAUGCCUGCAGCUGAAUAUGGGGAUUUCAGACUGCCCCGCACUCUGUCUGAACUCCGUGUGCUUAAGGACCAUCUUGCAACAUUUGCAAAAGAUUACCCAACUAAUUUCAUUCUGGGUUACUGCUCAAUAUACAUAUUCAUGCAGACAUUUAUGAUUCCUGGGACUAUUUUCAUGUCCUUGCUUGCUGGAGCUCUUUUCGGUGUUAUCAGAGGCCUUUUUUUGGUUGUCUUUAAUGCCACUGCUGGUGCAUCAUCCUGUUAUUUCCUGUCUAAGUUUAUUGGCAAGCCUAUUGUUAACUGGUUGUGGCCUGAGAAAUUGAAGUAUUUUCAGGCAGAGCUAGCAAAACGCAGAGAGAAAUUGCUUAAUUACAUGCUCUUUUUGAGAGUUACCCCAUCGUUGCCAAACCUUUUUAUCAAUUUAGCAUCACCAAUUGUGGAUAUACCAUUUCAUAUAUUCUUUCUGGCUACUGUGCUAGGUCUCAUUCCAUCCUCCUUUAUUACAGUCAGGGCUGGGCUUGCUCUUGGAGAUUUGAAGUCGGUCAAGGACCUAUACGAUUUUAAGACCUUGUCUGUGCUUUUUCUUAUUGGGUUGCUUUUAUUACUCCCAACCUUAUUGAAGAGGAAGCGAAUAUAUGAAUAGAGCUAUUGGUGCACUUAUGUCUGCCAGAAAUGGAUCUUUAAGAUCAUGUGUUGUACAGAAUGCCAAAAGAGAAUGCUAGAAGUACAAUAUCUUGUACAACUUGGUUGACAAAGUGGUCAAGUGACGGCCCCCUAUUGGAGGGCCGGCUAUCCCCACACCCGCCCCUCCAAUAGGGGGCCGCCACUUGGCUACUUUGUCAACCAAGUUGUACAAGAUAUUGUACAAAUAGAAUAAUUCAUCUACCUUUGCUUGACUCAAGUUUGAUCGAGCACAAUGACCAAGACGUGCAUGUUUUGUGUUUCUUGAUUAUAUAACAUUCCUAAGGUUUAAUCCGAAGUUGUAUUUCUAUAUGGAAACUCAAAUAUCGAAAAACUGAAUUCAAUAUUGCAUCUGAUUCAAAUGUUACCAUAGCCAUCUCAGGAACAUAUUUAGUGAAAUCAUUCUGAGAUCCUUCUUUAAUUUUGCGGUGGUUGGUUGUCAUGUAAAUUUGUUCUGUUGAGAAACAUCAUCUUGAUAUU